AUGGAGACUGAAGAACUCGAGAAGGAAUUUCAAAGGCGUGUUGAAUAUUCGAAUACUUUAAUGCUUAUCCUUCAUCAGGUCUUCGAAGGGUUUCCUAUAUAUAUCAAAGAUCAUAGACUGGUGACUAAACUGGACAAAUUAACCACGUUUUACAACACUCUUAAAGAAUCCCCCGACAGUGCUAUUCAAGAGAACCUUAAACUUCUCUCAGCUGAUUUGGUCACACAACUUACUAAUGAAAAUCUUAAUGAAACGGAUGAUAAUUUGACUAUUGAAAUUAAUUCAGCUGCAGAAAAUAAACGGAAAUUGGAUGAACUGAACUAUGAAUUUGCCAUGCUUGAAAAAUAUUCAAUAAAACUCGAGGAAUCUUUAAAACAAUCACAACAAGACAUUUCUAAAAUAUCCACAGAGACAAAGGACAUUAAUCCUCCUCAGGAGCCCACUAACCCACAGCUCAGUACAGAAGAUAUGACAGAACUACAACAACUACGUCUGGAAGAACACAAUCUUAGACAUUUAAAUGACUCUCGUCUGCAGGAAUUGGAAACAAUGCAGAAAGAGAUUGACAGGCUGACUGUGUUAGUGGAGAGUGGGAAUGAGAGAGUGGACUAUCCAGACUUGUCUGUCGAGUUGUCAUCAGUGAAAAGACAGCUUUCCACCUGCAUUUCUGACUUGGCAAGAGUGAAGGCCAGACUGACAGAAAGCAACGAAUUGAAUUAUAUUCUUAAAGUAGCAAUUCAGCAGAUUAAAGAUGAUUUAAAAAUCGGGAAAGAAAUAUCAGAGAGUCAGAAGGUGGAGGAUAUUAUUAGGCUGACUGAACAACUAGCAGGCAAAGAAAAGGAAUUAGAACUGGUUAAGCUGGAGAAUGAGCAAUAUGCUUUAAUAAAAGAACACACGAAUGACGUCCACAGAGAAAUGAGACAUCUUAUAAAUAGUCUGCAGGCAUUUAAUAAGCAAUUGAAGAAUAAAAAUAAUAAAUAUCACAUUAAACUAAAUGAAACUCUCAGAAAUAACGAGGUUAGUUACUAA